AUGUUUAUACAGACCCAAGAAACUCCUAAUCCUUUAACACUAAAAUUUAUGCCCGGAAAAAGUAUUUUAAAGGAGAAUACAAAAACAUACAAUUUUACCUCUGUUUCUGAGGCCAAACAAAGUCCUUUGGCAUUACAACUUUUCCGAGUUGAUGGUGUAAAGGGAGUAUUUUUUGGAGAAGAUUUUAUUACAAUAACCAAAAAAGAUGAAGAUAUACAUUGGGGAGUUAUGAAACCAGAAAUAUUUGCAACAAUAAUGGAUUUCCUUAAUAGUGAGAAACCUAUUAUAAAUGAAGAAUUUACAGAGUCAGAUGAAAUAACAGAUACAACAAUCUUACCUGAUGAUGAUGAUACAGUUGCAAUGAUAAAGGAACUACUUGAAUCACGAAUAAAACCAAUGGUACAAGAAGAUGGUGGAGAUAUUAUUUAUAAAGGUUUUGAAGAUGGAAUUUUAAAAUUAAAACUUCAGGGAAGUUGUACAAGUUGCCCAAGUUCACAGGUAACAUUAAAAAGUGGAAUUAAAAAUAUGAUGCAAUUUUAUGUACCAGAAGUAAAAGAUGUAAUUGAAGUAAAAGAUGAAACAGAUGAUAUUAUUGAAAAAGAAUUGGAAAAACUAGAACAGAAAUUAAAAAAAGAAUAA